CCGGGAGGAAAGCCUCCCCGGCCCCCGCGCCGCCGCCGGCCUCCCGGCCCCCUCCCCGCCGGCACCCCUCACUCGGUGAUUGGCUGGCGCCGCGGGUCCCUGGCACGCGCCUGUGGAUGUAGUUAUAAGAAUCCUCGCGUGCCGGCUCUCAGCUUCAGCACAUCGGCACAGCCCUCCCCAGAGCAGCGCGGGCGCCGGCCGGAGUGCAGCGGCCGCGGGCACUGCAGGGAGGCCAGGGGCGGGAAGCGGGCGGGCCUUCCUUGCCGCCUCCCUCACGGGACCCGGAGGGAGGGGGCUGCCAGACGAGCCCGAACUGCGGCAGCAAACUUUCAGAGAACACCCCCAGCCCAGGCCAGGAGUCCCCCGGGCCCUCGGCGGCACAGAGCAUGGACGCGGUGCUGCUAGAGCACUUCCCCGGGGGCCUGGACGCCUUCCCGUCCUCUUACUUUGACGAGGAGGACUUCUUCACCGACCAGUCUUCUCGGGACCCUCUGGAGGACGGCGAUGAGCUGCUGGCGGAUGAGCAGGCCGAGGUGGAGUUCCUCAGCCACCAGCUGCACGAGUACUGCUACCGCGACGGGGCGUGCCUGCUGCUGCAGCCCGCGCCCUCGGCGGCCCCGCACGCGCUCGCCCCGCCGCCCACCGUGGGCCCAGGCGAGCGGGAGCACGGCGGCGGCGGCGGCUACUGCUGGGAGGCGGGGGCGCCCCCCGGCGGCUUCCCCUUCUCACCCGGCUCGCCGCCCUCAUGCCUCGCCUACCCGUGCGCCCGGGCGGCAGUGCUGAACCCCGGGGCGCGGCUGCGCGGCCUAAGCGGGGCGGCGGCGGCGGCGGCGGCCCGGCGGCGGCGGCGGGUGCGCUCAGAGGCAGAGCUGCAGCAGCUGCGACAGGCGGCCAAUGUGCGCGAGCGGCGGCGCAUGCAGUCCAUCAAUGACGCCUUCGAGGGGCUGCGCUCGCACAUCCCCACGCUGCCCUAUGAGAAGCGCCUCUCCAAGGUGGACACGCUGCGCCUGGCCAUCGGCUACAUCAACUUCCUCAGCGAGCUCGUGCAGGCAGACCUGCCCCUGCGCGGCGGCGGCGCGGGCGGCGGCGGGGGGCCGGGCGGCGGGCGCCUGGGCGGGGACAGCCUGGGUAGCCAGGCCCAGAAGGUCAUCAUCUGCCACCGGGGCACCCGGUCCCCCUCUCCCAGCGACCCGGAUUAUGGCCUCCCUCCCCUUGCAGGACACUCUCUCUCUUGGACUGAUGAAAAACAACUCAAAGAACAAAAUAUUAUCCGAACAGCCAAAGUGUGGACCCCAGAGGACCCCAGGAAACUCAACAGCAAAUCUUCCUUCAACAACAUAGAAAAUGAACCGCCUUUCGAGUUUGUGUCCUGAGAAGUCCCAGACCCUCCUGAGGAUCUGGUUAUGUCUGUGUGCAUAUUGUACAUGUAAAUAUCUAUAAUGCAAAUGUAAUUUAAGAAUCACAUUUUUCUAAUGGCAAUCAACUGUUAUUUAUCUAUUUAUUAUCCUGUCGAGUUAAUGAACUAGAUGAUCUCUUUUUAAAUAUAUAAUUUAUAUAAUUUAUCCUGAUUUUUCUAAAAAUAUGCAAUAGCCUGUGAUUCCCCACCCCCAGCACCUUUGGAAGAACUUUGCGUUGUUGGAACAACUCUGGCCAGAAAACUUCAUGCUAAUUUAUUACAGAUACGGCUUAUUUCCAAGCAAUGUUAAUAAAUGCUAUUUACACCUUUUUCUAAAAGUUAAUUGUUUAAUACAUGAUGGGGUGUAGCUAUACCUUUAAAUUAAAGAAGAAUGAACUUACUUUGUAAAAACAGUAGCUGAACCAGAGACUCAAGAGGUAGCUAUCUAAUAAGAGCCACCUCUUAGAUUGAGCUGAAAGGGAGUGGAUUAGAGAGUUAGGCCUCAGUUCUCUUGGGGCCUCUUCCUGUUCAUCACCAGCCCUAAAUAGUAACUUUGGCCUGUAUUUUUAGCCUGCCCUCCAAACACCCUAUGAGACCAGUAGGUCAUGGAGUAUUGACUGUUCUGGUUUUUCAGACAGGAAGGCUAAGGCUUCAAGAGGAUCUUUGAG